UGUUUCACAGCGGUGUGUGUGUAGUAUAGUACCGGUGCAAACCACCAGAGAGAAGCCAAGCAGAGUGAAUUUGUAGUAGGAUAUAACGCUAUCGUCGUGACCAACAUACAUCACUGCACUGUAACAUUCACGAAAAGUGACCUUAAUGUAGGUAGCUAGUUAUAAGAGACUCGAUUACCGUGGUCAACCUGGCGGAGCUGUCACUGUCUCUCUGUUGUAUCGGGUAUGAAAUCCGUUGGCUAGCUGUCAAGCUAGCAGUCUCCAGACCAUCCUUGUACAAUUAGCUAGUUUAGUGUUUAUCUCGGAAUGAGAAUGAGUAUUAAAUUGACAACUCAGGCUUAUUGCAAGAUGCUUUUGCAUGCUGCUAAAUAUCCUCAUUGCGCCGUGAACGGAUUACUGGUUGCUGAGAAACAGAAGGAGAAGAAAAAAGACAGCCACUCCACUCCAAUCCUCUGUGUGGAUUGUAUACCACUAUUCCACGGCACACUUGCAUUGGCACCUAUGCUGGAAGUGGCACUUACAUUGAUUGACACGUGGUGUAAAGAGAACAAAUAUGUCAUAGCUGGGUAUUACCAAGCCAACGAGCGCACAAAGGACUUCAGACCUAACCAGGUUGCUGAAAAAGUUGGGGCCAGGAUUGCAGAGAACUUCAGCGAAGCAGCAAUGAUUAUGGUGGACAGCACCAGAUUCACCAUGGGCUGCUAUGAGCCCAUAUUAGCCAUCUAUGACCACCAUGAAAACAAGUGGAAAUGCAGGGACUGUAAUGCGGACUGCUUUGAGGACUGGUGUGAGGCUCAGAAGAUCACGUCGGCUCUGCUGGAMGGCAGGUCCUACGAGAGCCUGAUCGACUUCGACAAUCACCUAGACGACCUCAGGAAUGACUGGACCAACCCUGAGAUCAACAAGUCUGUGCUGCACCUGUGCUAAGCCUUCCAGUCGAGUGACUGCACUGCACUAGACAAAGACAUUGCGGCCAAAACGGCGUUGGACGUGCUAAUACUACUGUAGCGCAGGAAUGCUGAAUGCUAAGUCUUUGUUCCUAGUGAAUUGCUCUCACAGGGAAGAGAGCUUUCGGAGCACUGGCCAGUCUAUUUUAAUGGGCAAGCAGGACACAGGUACCAUUGGGAUCUUUGAUCCCAUAGUAGGGAGGAUCAAGACCUUGGUGUCAUUCAAUGCAAGGUGUUAAUUUUCUUUCUCAUGGUUUUUGUAUGCUAAUAGUUAAUGAAGAUGUAUGUGUAAUUCUGAAUGGUGGGGAAACAUGAAUAUCAUUUAUUUUGACUUAUUGAAUACUUUAGGUUCUUCAGAAAUAGUAGUGUUACAGAGAUGAUAGACAUUAUAAAUUAUUGUUCUGAGAUGUGACUUAUUGAAAUAUUACAGGAUUGUAAUCAAUGA